CUUUCUUUAUUAUGGCCAUAGCAUCAGAGACGAUGGAAGUGGCAGCCCUAGGAAGACCUCUGUCACUUGGUAUGCUUUACGACUCCCGCAAAGAUUCCUUCAUUCCAGGUCUUACUCUCUGGGAUAAGAAAUCAUUGGAGGAAAAUGUAGGCACUCAUCGUCAGGUCCAGACAAAUCUGAAGUUCAGUAGCUCUGAUUCCCUUUCUACUAAGUCCAGUCUCCUGGAUAUAAGUGCUUCCCUGAAGGCCAGUUUCUUGGCGGGGCUCGUGGAGGUGGGAGGAUCUGGAAAGUUCCUGCAUGACACCAAAUCCUCACAACAACAGUCCAGAGUUACAAUGUAUUACAGUGAAACCACAAGAUAUGAACAGCUCACUAUGUCCCAACUGGGCAAGAUCACCCACCCUGAAGUGUUUGACCAACAAACUGCAACUCAUGUGGUCACGGCGGUACUGUACGGCGCUCAGGCCAUCAUGGUGUUUGAUCGGAUGUUUUCAGAAGAGGAAAACAAGCAGGAGAUUGAGGGAGAAAUGGAUGCCAUGGUCAGGAGCAUCCCUUCAUUUUCCAUUACUGGAGAUGGAUCUGUAAAUAUGAAAGAUCAUAACAAGACAAUGUCUGAGAAGAUCACAUGCACAUUUUAUGGGGACUUCUCUCUUGAUCAGGACCCCACCACAUACAGGGAGGCCAUUAAGACAUACAAGAAUCUCCCCACUCUGCUGAGGAACAAUCCAGACGAUGUGGUUCCAAUAAAAGUCUGGCUCUAUCCUCUUCAUCUAUUGGACAGAAAAGCAGCUCAGAUUAAGAGAGAAAUCACCACAAGUCUGAUUUCCGACAUUGAAUCUUUAAUGGAGGAGCUGGGAGAGGCAGAGAAGAAAUGCAAUGACCUGCUCAAAAGAACACUAGUCGAUACUUUCAGUGACAUUAAAGAGAGGCUGCACUCUUUUCAGGAGUCAUUUAACUUUUACAAGACAAAGCUACUGAGUAAAAUUGGCAGGGUCUUGCCUGAUAUUCGAGGAGGAGAUAUGGAGGAGAAAUAUCUGGAAGACAUCCUGGAGACCCAUAGGAGGUCCCCAUUCAGAGCCAGCAUGCUUAACCACUGGUUAAAUGAUGCAAAGUCUGAACUUGAACUCUUGAGUUCUCUUACCGAGACAUUGGAAGGGAUCGAAAUUGAAGACUCAGACAAUCUCAUGACCCUCUUCUUUGACUUGGAUAUUGAUGCAGUGGUGUGCUUCACCUUGACAUCUCUGGAGUAUGAAGACAGAUAUAUUUCAACCCUGGAAAACUUCCUGCAUUCUGACAGGUUUAGAGUGCAAGUUGGGUUUAACACUUAUUUUUCAGUGGAAUCUUCUGGAAAGUGGUUCAGUGAUCACAAUGUCAUAGUAAAGAUGAUAAAAGACUUGACUCAAUUCAGGAGGUUUGCAGAGGCCAAUAAAGAUAACAAGAAAAUCCAUUUCAUAAUAUCUUCAAUUGCCAAUCCCUCCAUUGAAGGCUCCUCUAUCUAUCUGUAUGAAAAAGGGGAUCUGACAGACAAACAGUUCAAGCCCAUGUCCAAGCCGCCCCCACCAAUAGUGAAGAAUGUCAAGGACCAAACUGUGUCCUUGAAGCUACCAAAAUCUUCUUCUAGAGGGAGAGUGCAGUACAGAGUAGAAUACAAGCCAAUUAAACCACAUAAUAAAGCUGAGGAACUAUGGCAUUCUAUGGACACAUAUGAUGAAGACUUUACUUUGACUGGAUUGGAGUCUGGACAGCAAUACUGGAUCCGCUAUAGUAGAGUUGAUAAAGUGGGAGUGAGUGAAGCCAGUGAUACUGUCAGCACUUCCUCUUUCGGUAAGUGUCAUAUGCUUAUUGAAUAA